AUGCGAAAACGCUACCGAGAUCUCAAGCCAUGGACACUUCUUCUGAGCGCUCUGCAAAUAUUGCAUUCAGUCUCCUCUCUACCCGAUUCCCCACCAAAAUUGCCUACAAAGACUCCAUCGGAGAUGCUGCUGCCAAUUGAUUCAACAACAGCUCUAAUGUGUGAACCGUUAUUUGUUGAGAACACAUCGAAAAUCGUGAAAGCUAACUGGUACAAGGACGGGCUAUUGGUGGCCACCGUUACAAACUCUAAAAACGCAAACUACGAGAGUCGCGAUGCGCCAAAAGGGGAAAACGCAUUGCCCGAGGUCGGUUUCCUCGUCAUCCGAAAUAUCACCCGAUCGGAUGAGGGUCUUUAUUGGUGUCAAUUGGAGGCGAAAGCUGAGAAGAUUGGCGAGAUUUUUGCGUUAACAGUGGCUUACGUGGGCACUGUUGCCCCAGAAAGUGAGAUAGAAUUUGUGCCGACUCGUCCCAAAAUGGGCGCCCCAUUGGUGGUCGUUUGCCCGCAUGUGAAAGCCCUUCCGAAAACGAGUGUCUCGUGGAAAAUCAACAAUCACCCGAUUUCUUCCUCAAAAUCGGAGCCGUUGAUCCUUUCGAAUUCAUCGCUUUUGUUGCGCAAAUUCCAUCUAUCGGACAUCGGCAUCUUCGAGUGCGUUCAGUCGAAUUUCGCCGGAAAAACCCGCAUUUUCGGCUAUUUGGGUAUGGAGAUGGUGAUCGACGGAGAUCAAGUUCCUGAUGAGGAUCCAGUGAUUGAAGGGAAUGGUCGACCAGAAUGGCCCGUUGUCUACGAAGUUCUCAUACAUUUUAUCAUUUUAUGUGUAGUGAUAUGCGGCCUCCUCAUCGUCUACAUGGUGUACACCCUUUUUUGCCUAAAAGGGGAUUUUUUUCAAUUUUCACUGCAUCAAUGUUUCAGAUCGUGUACCCGUUUGGGCGGAGGUCGAUGGAGGAAGCCGAUUUUCCCACAAGCCGACUACAUCGCUGCCAAUCAGAUUCUGAGAAUUCAGAGGGUU